ACAGCACCUCACAGGUAACGUGAGGCUGCUACCCGGACACGCCGCCCGAGCCACAGCGUUACCCAGCGGCUCAAACUGCACCGCGCCCACGUCCACCCGCCUCCGAAUGCCGCACACAGAAACGACACAGCGUCCACCACGCACGCAUCCACGCGCCGGCGCCGGCAGCGGCAUCGGCAUGAAGAAGAAGAGCUCGGCGGGCGACGACGUGGAGCUGAUCAAGGCGGUGGCGCAGGCGUGGUACGCGCACUCAGGCAACCCGCGGCCGUCGUCGCGCGACGUCGACGAUGACGGGGCCGGUGGCGGCGCCGGCGCCGGCGCACGCCGCGCACGAGGGUACCGGCCGUCCCGGUUCAAGCUGGAGGCCGCGGCAGCGGCGGCGGCGCAGAGCUCGUCCAGGAGGAGGUCGUGGGACUUCGCGCAGUCGCUGUGGGACACCUACGAGCUCGUCACCGUCGCCAAGAAGAUCGAGUCCAGCCUCGCCAUCAUUGACCAGGCCACGGCGUCGCCGCUGCCGCUGCCGCGUCCCGGCGCCGCCCGUGGGGGAGGAGGCGGAGGAGGGAAGUGGGCGAGGGAGAGCAGGCGUAGCCUGAAGAGCCUCUUCCUGCGGUCCUCGUCCAGGAGGUUCGAGGAAUCAAGCAGCUAGCUAGUGCCUAGUGCUCUAUCUUUUCUUUCAUUAGUCCAUAUUACCUGAAAAACUUGGGCAGCUUACAUUAUGAUACACAUUAGAAACAGUUCCGUGAACCACUGCAAAUUUUAGUGAAUUCAGGUAGAGAAAGUCAUCAACGGAAUAGAAAUACAUAUAGCAAAAGCAUUCAACAGACACAUCGUCUGUCAGAGUUCAACUAGGGUAAUGGAGUAUGAUGUAUCUCUAAUAAAUCCAUGCAGUCGGCAAUGGCAAGAAAAUGAAUCAUAGUUCUGGCAAUCGGGUGAUCGCACCGUACGUCCUAAUAACGUCAAAUCAAUGACAUAACAAGAGUUUGCAGGUAAAGGAAAUAGGUAUCAUUUGCAUUGCAAACACUCCAGGUUCUCAGAUAACAGCUGAGCCCCUCUGGUGUCGAUGGAGUGCUUAUUAAGCACCGUCGGAAGGGUUGAUCCUUCUGGCUGUCAAAUGCUCGCAAAAAGGAGUCGUUGCUGGCUUCUCUUAGGCGAUGGACAAAAGGCCUUAGAAGAUGCAAACAUAUGCAAAAAAAUUCUGGCGGAGGCACACCAUUGCCGGGAAGAAGCUCUGAUGCUGCUAAAGGCGAUAGGGUCAAGUGUAUCUCGGAUCCUAUGCAGCUUUUGAGACAGAUCAGAGGUGAUUCGUGGAUAGAAAAGAAGAGCGGUAGCAAGCUACCUGUUUGUAUUGAAGUAACUCCUUGCAGCUCAUCUAAAAAUAAAAGACACAUUGCAGCUAGGAAACAUUACAUGUUCUGAACAUCUGCAGCUAACAGAUAUUGAUGUUGGUUUCUUUAGCUUCUUUGGUUUUUGUCCCUCGAUGAAAUCAAUCUUCAUCUGUACAGGGGCAGAGGUGGAAGUGUCCAGUGUGGCCAGAUUGUUCGCUUUAUCAGGGGGUCACAUUGUUUUGUUCUUUUCGGUAGCCUGUUUUUUCCCCUCGACUGACCAGCAUUUGGUCGAGUCUGACCUGAAUUUAGGACAGUUGGUAACUGCACUUAUUUUGCUCUAGAACCGUAAGUGCUGUGAAAGAAGAGAUCGGCAUUGAGUUUGGAAGAGCUGCAGAUUGCCUCUACUCUUUGUGGUCUGCUAUAUUCUUGAACUGGUUGAUCUGUAAAAUCAGUUUGUGUUUUUGCUAAAUAUUUGUUUUUCUUGGUUUCUCUUGCAGCAAAAUGGUCAAUUUUGCAUAUUGUCAAAAGAAAAAAAAGAGAACUCAAAUCUGCAUAUGGACACCAAGCAACAUGCUGAAGGAAAGGGUGUCUGUACUUUCUGAGCUUGCUCCUUUGCCUCCACAAGGCAUGGACGCCUGGUUAGGAUGUGUUGUGUUUAGUCUGUAGUUGUUUAGAGAUGAUGUGUCGGACUGUCGAUAGUUCAUCAUUUGUUCUCUGAAUAUCUGGAAACCAUCUGUUGUAAUGUUCUUGUUUCCUCGUACUUUUGUUUCAUUGGACCACUGCACAUGAGCAGAUUGACAUUUUAAUUUUAGAUGAUUUGAUGCAUGGAUUU